CACGCGUGCGCACUAGAAUAGCGGAGGGGAGGUUCCACCGCGCAGGCGCAGCUGGCAGCCCAGCGUCUGCACAUGCGCAGUGAAUGGCCGUUAAAGACUGGAAAGAGGGAAGAUAAGCGCGCGUGCGCGUCUGUGUGGUGGAUAAGCGCCCUCCUCCCCGCCCCCUCCGGGCCUUGGCUGCCAUGGCCUCUGCUUCCAAAUCCUUCCUCGCCGAUGCCGGCUACGGGGAGCAGGAGUUGGACGCCAACUCCGCCCUCAUGGAGCUGGAUAAAGGUAAGUCGAGGAGCGGCGGCCCCGCCGCCGAGUGAGAUGUGCGCAUGCGCCGAUAGCGGCGCGAGGAAGUCCCGCCCCUUUUGAUGGACGGUGGGAAGUUUGAAGGCGGGUUUAGGUUGUGUUUAGAUGGUGUCACAAGUCAUGCAUGGGGAUCUGUGAGACGGUAAAAGCAACAGAGAGGCUUGUUGCUCUCCGUUUAACAGUGUCAUCCUAGGCACGCCUGUGCAGAAGUAAGGCCCGUGGAGUUCAGUAGGUCAGGCUAGGGAUGUGUGAGAUUGCAGCUUUGUAUUGUGGCACCUUGAGCUAUAACAGCAACAGUUUUAUUAUAACGUAUUUUAUGAUAGCCCAUUACGUGUGGUAUAAUCAACCUUGGUACGCUCCAUGGCAAAAUCUUACACAGAAUUAGAUGUGUAGUGGUUGUUUAAGCGGGGCUGCCGCCCGCAUUGUAACAGUCAAGGUUUCUGCCACUUAGCCAUCUACAGAUAAGGCACCCGAGACUAAUUAUCUGAACGGAAUCUUGUAUUUCUUCAUCCCAGCUAAUGCAGUGUGUCCACAUGCCAUGAAUGAGAUGCCUGCUUCUUCCAUGGCUGCAGAGCUCCAUUUCACAAAUAACACAGUCGCCUAGUGGAAUUUGUUGCUGUACUGUAACAGCUGUUAUGUCUGCACAGGCAGAUGUGUGCCAGAUGGAAUGAUACCUUCCUUCCCCUGCUCUGUUCUGUGGGUUUCCCAACACCCUCCUGAGCCAGUAUCGUGGGGGGGACGGACAAGGGGUGGGGGUGGGGAAAUCCCUGUUGCUUAAGUGGAAACCCUUGCUCAGGGCUCUCACUGACAAUGUUCGUUCAGUGAAUCCUCCCCCCCCCCCAUCAAAGUACUUCACAUGGUUGAUUGUUAAGCUACAGAAUUCACAUCCACACAGUAUGUUUAUGGCCAGCAUCUUAGAUGGUUUUAAAAGCAGAUUAGACAAAUUUAUGGAGGGCACAGUUUUCAGUGGCUACUAGGCUCUGUUAGGAGGAAGGGUAGGAUAUAAAUAAAUUUAAUUAAGAAGCCAUUUUUAAUACUUCUUCAAGCUUAAGAGGCAGUUGUGGAACACGAGCUUGGAGAGCAGUAUUGUGCCUGUUUCUUGCUAGUAGGCUUCCAAUAAGUACCGUAUCUGGUUGGCCACUGUGGGAACACGAUGCUGGACUAGGUGGGUACUUUGGUUCAGUCUAGGAAAGCUGCUUUUAUAUUGCAUGUCAGUUUGCUUCAGUUUUUAAAAGUCCAGAGUUUUUAACUGCUGUGGUGGUAUUCUUAUUUGUCACAGGUCUCCGAUCUGGCAAACUGGGGGAGCAGUGUGAAGCAGUUGUACGUUUUCCCAGACUCUUUCAGAAAUACCCAUUCCCAAUUCUAAUUAACUCAGCAUUUUUAAAGCUAGCCGAUGUUUUCAGAGUGGGGUAAGUAAAAUUAGCUUCUUCCCAAUUCUUAGUGUUCAAGGAACUGGUGUUUUCAAUUCAAAGUACUGGCGAUGACUCUUUAUAGCCCCUUUAUGGUUUGGUGCUAAGAUACCUGAAUUGCCACUUUCUCCCAUAUGAAUGUUGCUUGCUCAGUAAGGGGGUCCUCUUGCAUGUCUCAAAGAUGCCCGUAGUGGAUUUGGUGUUCUUUUCUCCAUUCUUCUUGAUCUUUCUUGUUGCAUGUUUUAUUUUGCCGCUUCUGGGCCUUUAAAUGUUAUGUUGUAAAUAUUUGAUGUUGUUACAUUGUUUGUAUUUAUGAACUGCUAACCGCCUUAGACCUUUUUAAGAAAGGUAGGGUACAAAUGUUGUAGGUAAAUAAAUAAAAUUUGUUUUAAAACAGAAACAACUUCCUGCGGCUGUGUGUUCUGAAAGUUACUCAGCAGAGUGAGAAGCAUUUGGAAAAAAUCCUGAAUGUGGAUGAGUUUGUGAAAAGAGUUUUCUCGGUUAUUCACAGCAAUGAUCCAGUUGCUCGAGCGAUCACACUCAGGUAUGCAUGUUUAAUGAGCAAGAACCUGCCCAAAUGCUAUAUUCUUCAGAGUACUGUCAAUGCAGUAAAUGCAGGACCAAUGCACAUAGGAAGUUGCCUUAUACCGAGUGAGGAUAUUGGUUUGUGUAGCCCAGUACUAUUUAUUCUAGCUGCUAAAAUAUCUUUAGGGGUUUUUUCCAUCUCUGCUAGGGAGUGAACUAGGGAGUUCCUUCACAGAUGUGUUCUUUCACUGAGUUCUAUCUGCCCAAGUCUUGAAUUUAUCUUGUUUGUCAUGCAUAGAAUGGAAUGUUCACAUUUUCUUUCAUCUUUACAAAACACUACCUGGAUGACUGCAGAUUUAUCUUGUAGGCAUCCUCCUCCUUUAUAGCAGGUUCAAUCCCUCUGUUUUAUUUUCCAGGAUGUUAGGCAGUAUGGCAUCCAUAAUUCCAGAAAGGAAGAAUGCACAUCACAGUAUUCGUCAGAGUUUGGACUCACAUGACAAUGUAGAGGUUGAAGCUGCUAUCUUUGCUGCAGCUAAUUUUUCUGCCCAGUCCAAGUAAGUGGAACAUCUGGUGUAAUUCCAUCUUUCCUGAGUGUUCAGGCAGUACUUUUCAAUUGCAUAAUGCUUUGCCUGCAUUAUCUUAGUAAUCCUUACAGCAGUCCUAUCAGGUAGGUCAGUAUUAUUUUCCCCAUCUUGUACAUUGGAGGGCAGCCGAGUCUGCCUCAGAUCACCAAUUUAGUGAUUUAUACAUUUUCAUGGUUUUAAAAGAUUUUUAUUUCACUGUCAAUCACCCUGAGAGCUAAGGUGAUGAAGAGGGGUAUAUGUUAAGAAAAUUAAUAAAUAGUGAGUUCAGGAAGGGGCCAAGAUAUAAACUAGGAGCCUUCUGGUUUGUAGCUCAGGCUGCAAUUCUGUGCACAUGUAGCUGGAAGCAGUCCCUACUGAACUCAGUAUAACUUAUUUGUGCUGUAUAGGCUUGUGCUGCAUACGAUUAUGCUGUUAGUUUUUCAGCCAUUGUGCAACUCUAGCUUUCACCUGCAACUUCUCUGUAUGUGUACAUUUCACAUUCAUUUUGCUUACCCAGAUGUGGGAGUUUGUUUCUGUAGUUUGUUCAGGUUGUAUGACUGAUUUAUCCUGCUUCCCCUUCUUGUUCUUGACAGAGAUUUUGCUGGAGGGAUUUGUAACAAAAUCAGUGAAAUGAUUCAAGGUAUGUACAUUUUAUCCAACAAAUAAUGAAAAGCAGUAAAAAGAUUUUGAUUUUGUUAAGGGCUAUUGUAUCUUAAGUAACUAUUCUUUUGAACUAACCAUUCUUUUCUUUUAAAAAAGUGAGUCUUUUUAGUUGUUGGAAGUUGCCCCUGCGUUCAGUUGCCCCUUAAUUUGAUGCUCAAUUUCAAUACUUGGUGUUAAGAAUGCUUUUUCUGUCUUCUUUCCAUAGGAUUGGACUUUAUUUUGAUCUGGCAUGCAGUGUUUUUAAUGUUGUCUGUUGAAAGCGUAGUACCUUAUUUUAGAAGGUGGUGCUAUGCAAUAGAAACUUUCUUUGACAUUUUCAUUUAUUUUUCAAAUGUUGGUUAAAUGAUGUGAGUAGCUAUGUGGGAAAGCAGCAAGAUGCUGAGCUGAUUUGGACUUGAAUAUAACUAGCAUUGGAUAUUGUCUUUUUAAAAUUGUCUAGAUGAAUCUAGUAUUUAAUUUCACACUUAAGUAUUUGUAUUAUUUGUUAGUGCUAUAUGAAGUGAUACCUGUGUCCAUGGUGUGUAGUAGAGUGCCAUAAGCAAAAAUGACAGGUCUGCACUUUGAGGAGCUUAUAGUCUAAAUUUCAAGAGGAGUGGAAGGGAUUUUUAAAAAUAAUAAUAACCCAGCUGCAUAGUCCUUGUUCUGUGACUCUAGUACUGAAACUAGUCAUAUUUUAUUUUUCCCCAGAGCUCUCAAUAUUGACAUUUUAUCAUAGGCACACCACAUGUCACCCUGAAAGGUAUUUUUCUUUUCAUGUACUAGGUUUAGCCACUCCUGUAGACUUGAAGCUGAAGUUGAUCCCCAUCCUGCAGCAUAUGCAUCAUGAUGCCAGCCUGGCCUCCAGUGCCCGCCAGUUACUCCAGCAGCUGGUGACAUCCUACCCUUCUACCAAGAUGGUCAUUGUUACUUUACACACCUUUACCUUGCUUGCUGCCUCCUCUUUGGUGGACAUUCCCAAGCAGGUGAUAUUUUCUUUGAAGUGCUUAGUGUACUCAAGUAAAAUUGUCAUGGUUCAGUUGAAGGGAUCGUAUUCAGCAAGACUUCAUAGGCUUCAUCAGGCCUUUCCUAAAUAUUUCAAGCCUAUCUUGGAGUCGUAAGAACUUGCAAAUUGUGUUUUUUAAUUUUUAGGGGGGAAAUAUAUUAACUAAGAUUUUUAGGUAACUCAAGGUCUGUAGCACAUUUUGUGUCCAUACUUCAUUUGUGCAAGAUUGCAAAAUAUCCAGAUCCUGUCUGCUUAGAUGGUAUCAUGGUGAGUUAAAUCUACAGAGCCAUCGAAAGCUGUAUGUAAUUAAGAAUUUUGAUUGCUUGUUGAAGUUUCUUAAAGCUUUAAGGUUAUCUCCGAAUGUGCCCAUGACAGAAAGCUAUUUGUUCCAGUGGAGGCUUCCAUUUGUGGAAAAGUGGGGGUGAUUUUUAUUUAUUUGCCCUUCUUUCUUUUGCUCUUCCUUGCUUGUGCAAGGCAUCUUUUGGAACAGUAUGUUGGUGGUUCAAGGAACUGCAAGAGAGAGGGGGAAUUUAUGAAAAAUCUCCUCUUCCUUUUGGUUAAUUGAAGCCUCUGCUGAAUCAAGGAGCUUUCCAUCAAUGGAGGGACUCAGAAUCAACCCUUCAUGUUCAGGCUUCUCUUUUUAUUUGCUUGUACUCACAUGCAUGUUGAGAAAUACAAGAAAGUAGUCAAAAGCAGUUUAAUCUAAAACUUGCUUUCUUACAGAUACAGCUCUUAUUGCAAUACUUGAAGAAUGACCCAAGAGAGGCUGUGAAGAGGCUUGCUAUUCAAGAUCUAAAGUUACUUGCAAAUAAAACCCCACAUACAUGGAGCAGAGACAAUAUUCAGGUAUUGUAAAUGCUAUUAUGCUUGUUUUCGAACUGAGCCACUAGGCCUUCUUUAAGAUAAGACCCGUCGAACUCUUUGUUGUUGACUUCCAAGUAGAUCUGCUUAGCAUCACGCUCCAGGUGUAGGUUUCUAUUCAUCAUUUUAGAGAUGUAACUUUUCAUUUAAGAGCUGAUUUACCCACCAUGUUUUAUAAAUAAUAGACAAAGCUUCUAACAUUCUACUUGGAGAAACCUCCCAUCACUGUUCCUAUACCCUGUAGCAUCUCUCAUAAAGUGGUGAUUCUUCAUCAUACUCCUCAGGUGCUAAGGUAGCAAAGCUCUGUGCGAGGAUUGAAGAACAAGGUGAUGAGGUUUCCAAAUGUUGCUGGCCUAUGGGUCUCAUCACCCCUGACCAUGUUGAGUGGGACUGUUUUGAACCCAGUAACACUGGAGGGCCACAUUCACCAAGAUCACUUCACUAAGAGUAACAGUAAAUUGAUUUCUGUAACAGUACAUUGAGUUUACUCCAGUUUUUUAAAUGUAUGGUUUUUAUUGUAUUGUAUUUUGGUAUUUGCUUCUCUGUCGUUGCUUUGUGAGCCAUUCAGAGAGCUCCUGUUAUGGGGCAGUUAUAUAGGUAAAAGGUAUAGGUACCCCUGCCCGUACGGGCCAGUCGUGUCCGACUCUAGGGUUGUGCGCCCAUCUCACUUAAGAGGCCGAGGGCCAGCGCUGUCCGGAGACACUUCCGGGUCACGUGGCCAGCGUGACGAAGCUGCUCUGGCAAGCCAGCACCAGCGCAGCACACGGAAACGCCGUUUACCUUCCCGCUAUAAAGCGGUACCUAUUUAUCUACUUGCACUUAGGGGUGCUUUCGAACUGCUAGGUGGGCAGGAACUGGGACCGAAGACAGGAGCUCACCCCGCUGCGGGGAUUCGAACCGCCGACCAUGCGAUCAGCAAGCCUUAGGCGCUGAGGUUUUACCCACAGCGCCACCUGCGUCCCUAUAUAAAAGGAGCCAAUAAAUAAAAAUAAUAAACCAAUCAUUAGCAAUUGGUAAGCAGUCUAGAGUAAGGCACCCACAGAUCACCACCCACUUGUCACUCAGUCUUAUAGCAGAUUAAAAGCAGCCUUUUAGCCUUAGCCAGACAUAACUGGUUUCAGGAGUACAAGUGUUACUAGAAAUGUACUUUAGCUUUGGUGUUAAUUUGUGUCUUGCCUUUUGAUGGGAGUCCCCACAAGCAGCCCAUGACAUUAGUAAAAUACAAGAGGAAGACGUGUGCUUUGGUGUCUUUGCCCUGCUUGUAUCCCUUUUUUAUGUUUAUUACCCGUACGUGUCAAAAAUAUGAACAAGUAUGGUCAGAUAGCAGUAGUAGAGAGAUACAGAAACCUGCUAGGAUGGAACUUUUUGGAAAACCAUUUCUGCCGGGAAAGGUUUACUUGGAAGAAAUGAAAUGAGAAUUUGUGAGGAUUCUGGUGAUUGGUUGCUUGGACUAUAGGGAACUCCAAGCUUGCUUUGUCUUAGGAAUCCAGGGCUCCUUUGCAUUGUGUGUGUGAGGCAGGGGGCAGAGGCUCAAAUCUCCAGGCAAUUCAUUCUUGUUCAGUUUUGCAUUCUUGCCUGCUCCCUUGAUCCCUGCCUUCCUUGAUACCUUGCCCUUCCUAGAGCUGGAACCUAGGACAUCAGUGUAUUUUCCUGGAGUAUUCUUCUAUAAAGAUUACAAGCUUUCCUUGGGAGCACCAGCCUGUUUGUGUUGUUUUGAGAAAACCUUUGAUUCUAGGGCUGGGGCCUGCCAGCAAGCCCUUGACAGAACUGAAUUUUGCAAGAUAGAGAAGUGCUUUAAAAAUGCUUCCCUGGGGCAGUGUCAGAGCCUUCUGGUGCGUAUUGCUCACACUGAGCCAUUAAGACAUUAUGUUCCUUAACAUUUGCAGGGGUUGUACAGAAAGUGGGCAAGGCAGUAUGAUUUGUGGUGUGUCUGCGCUUGGAUUCCUAUGUAUGGUUCUGGCUGCCUCGCCUCAAAAAGUUGUACAGUUGGGAAAGGUUCAGAAAAGGACAACCAAGAUGAUCAGGAGGAUAACUCCCUUCUUAGGAAAGGUUGCAGCAUUUAGAGAAAUGACAUGAUAGAACUUUGAGCAUGGCAUGGAGGAAGUGGGCAGAGAAAAGUUUUGCUCCUACAAGAAGUAGUGACAGCUAUAGACAAAUUCAUGGAGGACAAGACUAUCAAUGACUACUAGCCUGUAUGAUCUACCUCCACUGUCAGAGGCAGUAUGCUUCUAAAUACCAGUUGUUGGGAGUUGCAUGUGGGGAGAGGGCAGUUGCAUUUGGGUCCUUCUUGCAGGCUUCUCAUGUGCAUCUGGUAGGCAACUGUGAAAAUUAUGGGGUAGGUGGGCCCUUGACCUGAUCCAACAGAGAUCAUCCUCAUUUUGGUGCAGAUUUGCUUUGCCCAGUGGUCUCCCAUACUAUAUUCCAGAGUUGCAUCACAGUUCAAUGCAGCCAGCCACCUUCCCUUCCCUGGACUUACGCAUUCAUGGGUGCAUCGCUGAAUUUGUCACAGGAAAGCAACUGAGCCAUUUAUCUUUCUCAGAAUGGAAUUUUCACCCUGCUCUUAACAAAUUCACCUUGUCAGUUUCUGUGUAAGUUCUGGUUCCGCCUUUAUUCUGAUCAGAUCUUUAAUAAAGAGUUUUGAUGGAUUGCCUAGUUAACAAAUGAAUCAAUUUUUUUCCCCCAAAUGCAGCUUUUGAUUAAAUUUUUACUCCGAAUUGACUUUUUCUUAUUUGGUAAAUUAAUGAAAAAAUGCAGCGAGCCAUGCAAAAACAUGUCAGCAGCUUCAGAUGGCUUGACACAUCAUAAAUGAUAGUGGGGCUUAGGCAAUUUGAAGAGAGUUUAGUUGUUGUCCAAAUUAUCCUUUAUGUGCAGCCAGCUAGAAGUGGCUGUUUCCCACUUACUUGUCUGUGAGCUGCCCCCACCCCACCCCACCCCAAACUAUCUGCUGAGCUGCUGUAUUGUCACAGCAUGUUCACAACUAUUCAGGAAAAAGCUGGAGCUUUGGAGCAUCUUCUGUGAAGGAAGUAAAAGGUCAAUUUGGCUAGAAAAAAAUCCCACUUGGAGCUUAGAGACAGAAGGUGUUAAUUGUGUGUUUUGGGGGGAGGGAGAGACUGAGACAUGGGUGCUGGGAAGCAGGAAGGCUUGGAAAUUGUCUGAAAAAGGCCAAGGACCUACAGAACAGAGAGUUCAGAGGGAGAGUAGCUGAAGCAAGGGCAGAAUAAGAAGUGAGCUGACAAGUAGCGUGGGGCCUACGGAUGAAGGAGGCCAAGUCUGAAGUUAAAUUAAGAGGGAAAUGAAGAAAGGGGAAGCUUAACCUAGGAAGCUGCCUUAUCCUGAGUCAGACCAUUGGUCCAUCUAGCUCAGUAUUGUCCACACUGACUGACAGCAACACUCCAGGGUUUCAAGGCAGGGGUCUCUCUUAGCUCUACUUGGAAAUGCCAAGCAUUGAACUUGGAACCUUCUGCAACCCAAGUAGAUGUUGUACUACUGAGCUACCACCCUUCUCCUCCUUUUUUAAAAAAAAUAUUUUUAUUGGUUUUUAACAUACAAAAUUAUAAAACAUACCACACAAUUUAUCACAAAUAUAUUCUUAUUGGACUUCCAUCAGCACCUCUGAUAAUCCUCCGUUUUAAUCACUUCUUACGCAUUUCCUAACUUAAUAUUGCCUUUACAUCUCUUUAACAUAUCCCAUCUCCUUCUCCAUUUUUGCAAUAUUUCUAAUAUUAUUCCUCACAGAACUUCUUGCAAACCUACAAACGUCAUCUGGUCGUCACAAAUACUUUUCAAAUAAUCUGUAAAUUUACUUCAGUCCUCGGUAAACUUCUGGUCCCGCCUGUUUCGGAUCCUUCCUGUUAGUUUGUCAAGUUCCGCAUAGUCCAUUAAUUUCAUCCUCCAUUCUUCCAUUGUUGGUAAUUCGGCUUGCUUCCAUUUUUGGGCCAAUAGCAUUCUUGCUGCUGUUACUGCAUAUAGAAAAAGCUUACAUUCCUUUCUAUUUAUAUCGUUUCCAACAAUACCCAAGAGAAAUGUUUCUGGUUUCUUUAUAAAUGUAUAUUUCAACAUUUUUAUCAACUCAUUAUAUAUCAUCUCCCAGAAGCAUUUCACCUUUUUACAUUCCCACCACAUGUGAUAAAAUGUUCCCUCUUUUUCCUUACAUUUCCAACAUUUAUUACUGACUUUAUACAUUUUUGCUAACUUCACUGGUUUAAUAUACCAUCUAUACAUCAUUUUCAUCACAUUUUCUUUUAGUGCAUUACAUGCAGUAAAUUUUGAGCCUUCCUUCCAUAAUUUCAUCCCAUCACUCAACUGUAUGUUAUACCCAAAAUCUUUGGCCCAAUGAAUCAUAACCGACUUAACCUCAUCUUUCAAGUGCCAUUCAAGCAGCAAUUUAUACAUUUUGGACAAAUUUUUUAAAUCAUUAUUCAAUAUCUCUUGUUGAAACUUCGAUUCUUUUUCAUAAAAACCUUUUUCUUUAAAGUCUUGUUUAAACAUUUCAUUGACCUGAUAAUAAUGUAACCAAUCAUUAACAUACUCUUUCACUUCAUAUGGUUUCAAUUUCCAUUUUCCUCCUUCUCUAAUUAUUAAUUUCCCAUAUGUACCACCCUUCUCCUUCAGCUGGAGGCAAACCUUACACAGGACCCAAGGACAAGGAGAGCUUUGUGGUGUUUGGAUGAAAGGAAUUUGGAAACUGAGGGGGUCACGGCUAGGGAUCUGCACAGCAAGUUCAAGAGCUGGCGUGUGCCUUUGAACUAACCGCCCAAGUCUCUAGCUGUAGGCCUCUCAUCUUGUAAACAUUAGAGCAUUUGUUGGGACAGACUACCUGUUUAGAUGAGCACUGUUUUCAUUUUGUUCUAUUCUUCCAUGGCUAAUGAUGUGAAACGAAGGUACAUGUCAGCUGCAGUGUUCUUUAAUAUGGUUUUCUUCCUUUCAGCCAUGCUCAGUGAUGCGUUGAAACGUUCUAGCAAGAGGUGUUGUGAUACAGACAGAUGGUGGUAUUUUAAAUCUCUGCUAUUUUCAGUCUAAAGUCAAAGGCUGGAGAGAGAAAUAAUUGGUGGUGCACCUUCUGCUGACAACCCUGUUUUGCUCUCCCUCACGGCAUUGAAUUCUGUCAGGUGCUCCUGCUCUGUUCUGCAGAACAUUUUGAUGGCUCCUGAUCCCAAGAUCAGGACACAGUACAGUGUGACUUGGCUCUUGUUUCAGUUGUCAUUGAUCAGAAGUGUUCUGCUAAUACUGUUUUGCAUGUAAGCCAGACUAAUUCUACUCAAGGUCUGUCCAGAAGAACGAGGUGGGGAACAAUGUCAAAACAUGUGGGAUUUUAGCACUUUGUAGAACUGUUUAAAUUUACAUCUCGUUCCUUGGCCUCUGUGGUAACUUCUGUCUCUUACAUCAUGGAUUUUGGCAAAUUGGAUUUUAAAAAGGGAAAAUAAUAUUAGAAUUGGAGCUAUCAGCAAUGCACAAGGGAAACUGUUUUAGCGCUCUGGAACUUGACAAAGUCUUUUAUAUUAUGGAUGGAUGUUCUGUAUUAUUUUAUUAAUACUAUUGCCUAAUACGAGUUUGUCCUGGCAUUCGACUGGAACAAUAAGCUUAAGAAAGGAACUGAGUGCAAAUACUGAUGCAAGUCUUGGAAAGCUGGAUUUUCAUUUUAUUUUGGUUAAUAUGAAGAGUUAACAAAGAAAGGGUCAUGAGAAAAUGAAAACACACGGGCUGAAUAUGUGGGAUAUGACAUGCUCUAUUAUUUGAAUGUGCUGCUGAGUGCUGAAUUUGAGCUAGGGUUCAAAGCUGAGCAAAUAUAACCAGCUCCCAUAGAUCUGGGAAGAAAGUAGGGCCUGGGCAAUUUGAUUUUGUAUCUGUGACACGGAAAGAGGGAUUCCUGCCUUUGGUCACUAUUCUGAAGAUUACUAAAGAUUUAUAUCACUCUUGCAAAAUGUCAAUAAUGUGGUUUCCUAAUAAAAAACUAGAGGAAGUGGUGGGAAAGUGUGAAAGAUGACUGCAAGUCUUUAACUUUCCUAUAAGGUGUAUGCUGACUGAUGAGAUCAAUGUAGUAUGGUACUGUAUUACCUAUUUUAGAAGACAAUGGCAAACUGAGUGAUUUACAGUGGUACCUCAGGUUAAGUACUUAAUUCAUUCCGGAGGUCUGUUCUUAACCUGAGGACCACUUUAGCUAAUGGAGCCUCUUGCUGCUGCUGCACCGCCAGAGCACGAUUUCUGUUCUCAUCCUGAAGCAAAGUUCUUAACCUGAAGCACUAUUUCUGGGUUAGCGGAGUCUGUAACCUGAAGCGUAUGUAACCUGAGGUACCACUGUAUUUAGCUUUAAACACUCUAGGGGCACAAUCAAAUUUCAUUUUCGUUUUCUCUGUAAUUUCUGGUUGUGCAUGAAUGGAACUCUUUUUCUUUGUGCAUGGAAGUUCCAAAAGGCUAGCAAAAUAUUGGGAGUUUUUUCUGUCCAGCGUGUUGUGAUGAAAGGAACAAAUGUAAUUUCUUUAGAGAGUUCUGUUAAGCACUGGAGCAUUGUGUAGCAAUGGCAAGGAAAUUCAUUAAUGAAUUGGAGGGGUUCUGUUGAUGGGUGUAACAUACACAGUUCCAUUUAAAACAAAAACAAACCUGGUCUUUCCCCCUUGCCUUAGUUGGACACUCGACACUUUGUUUGUUUUCUGCAUAUUGAAAAUCUGACUGUCUUCAGAAUUCUAUUUUGUUCUUAAAGCUUUCCUUUCUCACGGGGGUGGGUGAAACUUUGAAAUACACAGGCGCUAUCUGCUGAAAAGCCAAAAUUAGAACAGAUUUGUCUGUGACUUCUUUUGGCCUGCAUACUUUCUUCUCCUUCCCCACACAUCUGUCUCUUCUAUUAAUCUUGCCACUUCCUCCUCCUGCCCUAUUUUUCCUUUCUUCCACAUCCAAUCUCUACUCAUGCAUCAUUAAUUCUGUAAAAAUCCAAAAAUGACAGCUAAAUCCCAUAGUGUAUAAUCAUAGAAUUUAGAGCUGAAAUGGCCCUUGGUGGUUAUCCCUUACAAGAGAAGACAUUGUUCCUGUGCCUAAAUUGCUCCAGAAAAUGAGAGCUGGUCUUUCCCUCUAUCAAACAGCUCUUUGCAUUAGGAAAUGUUUUUCCUCUGAUGUUUAGCUGAAAUUAUGUUCCUUGCCAUUUCAAAACCUAUUAGUUUAGGUCCUGCCCGCUGGAGCAACAGAGAACAAAUCUGCCUUCUCCUCAUUGGGCAGCCUUAGGCGAGAUGCUUUCUCUCUUUCUCAGCUCCCCAACCUACAAUAUUGAACAGCUUUAUAGGGUUAUUAUAAGGACUGCUGAGAUAAUGUGUGUGAAGAAUUUUGAAUACCCAGGCCUUAUACAAUUGCCAAGUAUUUAAGGUUACUAAUAAUUCCCCCCCUCCCCCAAUGCAGGUACUUUGCAUCCUCAACCAGGAAUCAUAAAGUUAUUAUUAUUUACUAUUAUUAUAUAUUAAUUUCUGUUAUGUAAAUGUUAUGUAUGCAUGUGAAUCAAGCGUGAUGAACACAUGUUAAUAAUUUUUAAUUCUUUUUCCUUCCUUGUACUAAAAUUGUCCUAUCUCCUGGCUUUUAGGCACUAUGUGAAUGUGCUCUUCAAACUCCUUAUGACAGUAUGAAACUAGGCAUGCUAUCUGUACUUUCCACACUGUCAGGGACAAUAGCCAUCAAACAGUACUUCAGCAUUGCUCCAGGUAUGAAUAGAUUAGAUCAGCCAAAUUUUGGCACACUUUCAAUUUUUCCCUGGUGUUGUUGCAGAUAUUAGUAUAAGUGGUGCUUUUCAGUCUUUUGAACACUGUAAAUAAUGUUGAAAAGUGUGUUUCCUUGGAAGGCACAGCAGCAGUUCAAAAACUGCAGAGCUAAUUUUAAUUGCAAUGUAAGACUAUGAUAAUGACCGAAAUUAUAAACCAAGAAACUAGUCCUGCGCUACAGUUGCCUUCCACAUUAGUAUUCUCUGACACCCUUCUUCUCUGCAUAUGAUCAUUUUAAAACCUGCAUUUCUCUAACAUGAAUUAAUAUGUUAGACAAUAAGAUAGAAUACAUUAUUUACCUUUUAAAGUUGCUUGAGUUGCCUGGUUUGCUGUUUUUGCUACACACAGCAUUGCAUGAACUGAUUGGCACAUCUGAUUUAAACCAUCCUCCGCUCUCCAGCUAUGUCUCAGGAUGGUCUCUAAGUUAAUCAGAUUGUUGAUGCAUUCUGUGUUUUGAGUCCUGAUUUGGUUUAUGUGAAGCCUAUUGAUUUUGGAGGAGUUUAAACCCACUUAUCUUUGGUAGUUCUUUGAAUCUGAAUGAAUGAUUUGUUGUCUUAAUAUUCCGCUCCUUCUCCAAUGAACUUGGAACUGUUUUUCAACCUUGAAACAAGCCCCCUGAAGCAAGGUAGACUGAGAAACGAUGAGGAUCCCAAAGCCACCCUGCAGACUAUUUUUCUGCAAGGGUGUGGAGUAUCUACCAUUUCACUUAAAAAUAAAUAAAUGGAGGGGCUGAUGGAAUCUAGGGGUUAGUGUAGUGAUUGGAACUUGCAUAAAUUUGAGAUAAGAUGGAUGUGGAUAGUGGCCAGCUGGCUGUUCUGUGUUUUGGAAGAGCAGUAUAGUUCUGCGCAGGUUCUACAGUGUUGGCUUAAGAGCCAACAUUAUUCAUAGUCCUCUUUGGGCCCUCCCCAAAUAAAUAAAUACCCCUUUAUAGCUUAGUUGGAGGUUAGGCAAUGCUUAUAACCAGACCAUCUUCCUGUUUUUCCCUUGCUCUUAAACUGUGGAAAAGAAAAUACUGCAUGUAAUGAACAAGGCUUUGCUGUUUAGAUGUAUCCCACUAUUUCUCCCUUAGGAGCAACAGCUACGACAACAAGAUCAUCUGAUAUAGUCAAACUUGCACAGGAAUGCUGUUACCAUAAUAACCAGGGUAUUGCAGCUCAUGGAGUCCGAGUUCUGACAAACAUAGCUGCUUCAUGCCAGGAAAAAGGUAAUUCUAAAAGGGUGGAUGGGUGCGUCUCAUAGUAUAUCUCCCCAUGUUUGAUGUAAUGUAAUGUGCUGUGUUUUCCUUUGGAAACAAGUUGAACUCAUGUGGACAUUUACCUUUGAUGCUAAACUAGAGAGCUCAAGUAAUUGCCGUUUACUUUCACUAUUUUUCCAUUGCUUAUGCAGUAUUUUGUUGGAAUGAGAGCUAAGCAUGGCCAUCCUAAUGUAAAUCAGUGCACUGCUCUUAAGUUGACUGGGUGUGAACUGCAGACAUCCUGCUCAUUUCUCUGCCAAUGGAAUGAAAGAGAAAUUUUAAGAUGGUGUUGCUAUCUUCCAGUUUAUAGCCAAAUCUAAUGGUCAUGUGGUUGGUUUUGUUUUUCAUUUCACCAUUUUCUCCUCCCUAACACUAAGAAAUGCAUGCAAGCUAGAACUGACAGCAUUUCAGUUCUUGGUGUUUUAAAAUUGAUGGAAUUUAUUUGAAACUCAUUUGGCUGUGCUGUAUUACUGCAUCAAGGCAUUUCUAGAUCCCAGAUUUCCAAAUUAUGUUAAAGGGAAAAUGUUUUGUUCUCUUUCAUGGCCAUGAGGACCACAGUGGCUAGUAUUAAAACAGUCAGGAAUUAAAGUUUAAAUAUUUGUCCUAGAUCUUUUACCGUUGGAGCAGGAUGCUGUCUUUGGCCUUGAAUCCCUCCUUGUUCUUUGUAGUCAAGACAGCAGUCCAGGUACUCAAGCGACCUUAAAGGUAAAUAAUAAAUCCGCCCCCACCAACCCAGUUGUCUUCCAUAUUAAUCUAUGUAAGAGCAAUGCAGGUAGUUUUUAGUGGGGCCGCUUUUUGUGGUCUGGUUAACUGCUUAAAGUAGAAAUAAAUGCCCAAGCACUACAGAAUGCACACAGAUCAAGGGCAGGACUCAACAAGUUAGCAAGUCUGGAGUAGCCCAACAUUUGCCUCACUGUGCUCUUGUGAGCUGGCCACCCCAUAUAACCAAAGAGUGAGGACUGACAUGCAAAUGAAUUAAUGCCCUUUGUAGAGCAGGUAGUCAGGAAAAAUACUUGGGAUAGGUGAAUAUGUAGUUUGUCUCAUUGUCGUUCCAUACAAUAAGUAGUAAUAUUAUAUGUGUUGGCUGUAUAUAGCAUGAGUCUCAUCUUUGUAAAAACAGAACGGAGAUGGGACUAGAGUGCUAUCCUAUGUUUAAACCACAUAAACCACAGUUUGACCCUGGCUUCUUCAAAUGAAUCAUAGUUUAAUUUAAACACAGUUUAUACUUUUUAGUCAGGAUAUAAUCAGCCCAGCUUAGUUUUAAGUUUAGAAGCAGCUGAUGAUUCCCAAAACUGGAAAGGUCUGCUGUACAGAAGCUUAAGGGCAGUAUCCAACAAAACGUUUCCAUUAGUGCAAGGACUUCUGGCUCUGCAGUGUAACUUCCAUUCCCUCUCCUCUCUCUGUGCACUUCCUAAAUCUGAAUCCUCCCUGCAUGUUCUUUAGUUUAGAGGGUUUGGUGGUUUGGCAGAAUGCCUUUGUGUUUUUUGGUUUAUCCUUUAUUUUGCACCUUCAUGGUUACAUGAAUGUUGUGACCAAAAACGAGUAGCGUUUGACAGAUUUGCGAUGAAUGUUAAACAGGCGUUUUUUGUUUUCCCCAAAUGCAGAUAGCACUCACUUGCAUGGUGAAGCUGGCCAAGUGCCGCCCCCACCUGAGCCAGUCCAUUGUGGAGUCCUUGUUGACACAGCUGCACAGUGCACAAGAUGCUGCCAGGAUUCUCAUGUGCCACUGUUUGGCAGCCAUUGCCAUGCAGUUACCGGUCUUGGGAGACGGAAUGCUGGGGGACCUGAUGGAUCUCUAUAAAGUGAUUGGACGAUCUGCAUCUGAUAAACAGCAAGAGCUUUUGGUGAGCAACAUUGAUUCCAGAUAUAGCAAACUGGACCUGGGUACCAUUGGAUUGAAUAAUCAUUUUGUAAACAUGUAGUAUUGCAUGUUGUGUAACAGUCAACUUGCCUCAUUGCAGUGGAAACCAUGAUGCAGUUACAACAUUGCUGUGUUUUUUGCUUUCUCUUCUCAUCAUGAGGUUUCUUUCUCUUUUUUUGUAUCCUUGUAUCCUUUGCCAUGUUUCUUCUAUCCCAUUCUUUCACGGCAUUAGCAUUCAUGUUUAAAAGACUUGUUACUUCUCUUUUCAUUUUUGGUUAUCAAACCUGUUGUAGAGAAAUGCAUAGUGGUUUUGAAUAACAAUUUUACACGAAAGGAUUUCAUUGCUUCUCGUUACCUACCUGUGGUAUUGGAGGAAUGUAUCUAUGAACUUCUGAGAGAGUGAAAGCACAUUAUGACAAACCACUGGUCCAACAAGUUUGAAAGCAUAUAUCUGGGCAGACCUAUCCUUCAUCUAACCUAUGGUUGCCACUAGUCAUGAUGCUUUAAAAAAACCAACCCAUUAUUUUCAAAGCCAAAAUGCUUCUGCCUAACAAAUAUGAGGGAUUAGCAUCAGAGCACUGUUUUAGAUAUCAACUGAAUGUUCAGGAAGUAGAGAAGCUUGUUUGGCUACUAGAUGAGGUGCUAGAUAGACAGUUGGCUUUUUUAAUUAAAUAAUGAUGUCACUGGACACCUUGGAUUUCAUUAAGUCAAUGUGAUUACUGAAAGAGCUGUGUGUGUGUGUGUGUGUGUGUGUGUGUAGAGAGAGAGAGAGAGAGGAAGAGAGCAUUUUUAAUAAAGUAAAUGAAAAAAAACCCCAUUGAACUUGAUCAUACAGAGGAGUGGCAUGUUAAAUACCGAUAGUUUAACUUCUAUUAAGUAAGCAUCAAACAGAUGUUUUUCAGCAAGUAAAGGAAACUUAAAAGUCCUCAUCCCAAACCUGAAACACAUCCAUUUAGGAGUAUAUCUGCAGUCUUAUUAAUCUUAAUCCUCCUUCAGUCCAGUAGGUGGCACUUGUUUUACAUGGGUGGUCAGCUUGCCCUGGAAAUGACAGCACCACUGUAAAAAGUCUUACCCAUUUCCACCACGGCUGUAGACACAGGACAGCUCAAAGUGGAUUUGAUGCAUCUUAUGUCUGCAUGGUUUUUGUAUUGCCCACGUGGCAGCCCUUAUGCACACCCCAUUUGAUUUGAAUCUUGCCCAAUCCACGGAUAAUAUGGGUUGGGGAGUGACUUGACUCAACUGUGGAGGUGUUGAAGUGCAUUGUGUGGGUGCAGGUAUCAGUUGAGGGCAGCAGGCAACAACUCAGCAUUUGAACACAUCGCCAUCAAGUGCCACAAACAUGCACAAACUGCCUUGCCAGUGCUAGCCAAGGCAGAGAGGAAGUUCCCUCAGCUUGCUUUCUGAUGCUCAGGGAACAGGCCCAGGGAAGUGGCAGGCUUUGGGCAGAGCUGCCUGAUCCCACACACUGCUGUGUGUGAAACUAAUAAAGGUGUUUCAGAUAUAAUGGGCAGAGGGCUGAAACAGCCUGUUGUUUGCUAUACAACAUUUUCAUGUAAUUUUGUUCCAGUUAUUUAUUGUGAUUGUGUUGCUGAAUGUUUUUCUACUUUUUAAUAUCUUUGUAAGUCUCAGUAGCAUAACAAAUGGGAAAGUGUAGAAAAGGACCACCAAAAUCAAGGGGUUAGAACGCCUUCCGUACCAGAAAAGGCUUUUUUGUUUAGCAAAGAACAUGUCUAAAGGCUGGAUAUAGUAGAGGCUCGUGAAAUUAUGUCUGGUGUGGAGAAAGCAGGGUUUUUUGCCCUCUCAUAUAAGACUAGAAAUUGGAUCAGUCGGUGAAACUGAUUAGCAGUAGAUGCAGGACAGACAAGAAGAAGCACUUCAGAUAGCACAUAAGUUAUGGAAUUGUGCUCAUAAGAUGUGAAGGUGACAUUAGCUUAGAUGGCUUUAAAGGGGGAUUAAGCAAAUUCUCACAUCAAUCAUUAGCCAUGAGGCAGUGCUGAAUGCAAGUUGCAAAGCAAUAAUGAAGAGCUGUUGUUUUAAUGCCCUUCUGGUGAUACCUGACUGAUCACAGGUGCUGGAUUCGUAGUUUGAUUUAACAGGGCUUUUAUGAGGGCAUAAAGCCAUUUCACUACCAUUGGUUGUAUCCAGCUAAGUUGUUCUCAGAGUAGACCAGUUGAAAUCAGUGGCCUUAAGCUAGACCUACGCAUUAAUUUCAGUGCUCCAGUUGUAUAUAACCCCAUGUUUACUUGCCAGAGCUUGCAAUCCUUUUCAGACAGACCCACUUGCAAGCAAUACCACUUGUUUGGUAUUAGAGUGGUUAACCUUUCAAAGAAAGUAACAGAAAACUAUUCAAAUGUAGCACUAAACCGUGGUUUAUGGAGUAUGAACCUUGAACUCUACCUUCCCCUUCUAUAUUCCUCCUGUUGUGGUGCUCAGAGAUUGAAUAAAGUACUUACCACUCCUGGUUUAGCAGCAAUGCUGUUUUGUCUAAACCUAGUAAACUAUGGUUUGUGUAACCCCCCGUUUCCCCACAAACCAGGAUUGCAUUGCAGUUUGAUCCUAAUUUGUCAUUGUGAUUCUGAUUGGAAGGCAAAUUUACUAGCUUUUUACUAGUAAAUUUACUAGUGAACCAGGUACAUAACUACAGUCGUACCUUGGAUGUCGAAUGGAAUCUGUUCUGGAAGUCUGUUUACUUCCAAAACAUUUGGAAAUCAAGGCGCGGCUUCCGAUUGGCUGCAGGAUUCCAAAGAACGUUCCCUUCUGGGUUUGCGGCAUUCAGGAGCCAAAACAUGCGACUCGCAAGGCGUUUGGGAUCCAAGAUACGACUGUAUUCAUUGUGCAAGUGGGGGGUGGACCUGAUGAGACCAAAGCUCAUGCUGGUGAUGGUAGACUAGGAUUCCACAUUAUUUGUGGCUAGGGUCUGUAUGAUCUGUUUUUUCAUUCAGCUUUGCACUAUUCCUUCCUUGUUAGGUAUCUCUUGCUACUGUGAUAUUUGUUGCCAGCCAGAAGACUUUAUCCUCUGAAGUGAAAACUGUUAUCAAACAACAACUUGAAAAUGUCUCCAAUGGAUGGACAGCUUACAGGAUAGCCAGACAAGCUUCCAGAAUGGUAUGUGUGAUUCAUAAUUUAUAAUUCUGGUUUCCCCAAUAAGAAAGCCUAAUUGACUGAGUUGAAAGGAACUCUUUUUACUCCUUAAAUUCCCCAUGAAGACUGGAAACUUUUGGGGAGAUAAUUGCCCCCCUACGUGAUAAAAAGUGGCUGCAUUUUUUAUUUUUUGCUGUACUAGGAUCUUUUUUAAAGAAUAAGGAGUAGAGUUAAAAUAUGUGAAAGCAUGCUAAAUUAAAACAAUUCUACCUGCCAGAUUCCAGCUAUUGAUGGACCAAUUCCCCUCAGCUAAUUUUACAACAAAAAAGUCAGCUGAUUUCAUUGGAGACAUGGUAGGGUCUGGAUUCCAUUUUGUAGAGUCCCAUUUUGGCAGCUGCUAAUUGGAGCACUCAUCUUGAGCAGGGGCGCUAUUUUAGAUUUCCUUGGGAAAGACUAAGGCCUUUCAGUGGGGAGAGCAAGAUUCUCAGCAAGGUUCCACUUGUGGGAUAUAUACAAGCUUUAAAUGGCAAGAACGACUUUGAAAUGUUUUUGACGAUUUCGUAUUAUUCUGAUCCUGUUUUAUCAUUUGGUUUUAAGUGCAGAGUUUUGUUUUGUUUUUGUUCUGUAAAUCUCUCUCUUGUUGCCCUGCACAGGGUAACCAUGGCAUGGCCAGAGAGCUGUAUCAAAGCUUGCUGACUCAGGUGGCUUCAGAACACUUCUACUUCUGGCUAAACAGCUUGAAGGAGUUCUCCCAUGCAGAGCAGUGCCUGACAGGGCUGCAAAAGGAUGAUUAUAGUUCAGCACUUUCCUGUAUUGCUGAAUCACUGAAAUCUUACCACAAAGGAAUAGCAUCCUUAACGGUCAGUGUGAAUUCUCCCCCCACCCUUGUUGCAGGCCUGUAGGAUAAAGCAAUUGUCCUUUUUCACUACCGUUUCUAACUAGACUCUUCUUCAGGUGUCUUGGAAGAACAAAUGUUGCGCCUACACCUACUUUCUUAAGCAGCAGUAGCUUAUUCCAGCAAGAACUUUAGCGUUUAAGAUCUUCACCUUCUUUCUGUCUGCAUGGCUGUCUGAGUGGAUUGGUCACUACCGAAUUGGCAUGUUGGCAGUGCAAGACUCCAGCAAUAAUUUCAUCAGUAAGGUAGCUUACUCCUGUAAUAAUUAAACCAGUAAACUACUGCUGUUUGACAGAGUAGGUAUGAACCCACUGCUUUCAUGCUCACAUUAACAUUUAUCAUCACAUGAGUGCACAGGAGGCAGAGAUUGAACAAUAGCAGUCUUGGCUGCAGUAUGAACGAUCUUGGAUUCCUUGUGCAAUCAGCCAAGAGUCACCAGAGUUCUUUUCCGUAAAACAAAGACCUUUCCUCCCCUUUCCUCCCCUUUUGUUUACCUUCGGUUGCAUUUGCCGGAAUGGAACUGUGUUCUGCAUUCUUGAAAUGCUUAGCCAGGGAGAGGGACUUGCCCUGCUGCACUGGAAAUAUAUUAUGCAGUAGAGAAACAGCAACUACGGUAUUUUUCGCCCUAUAGGACGCACCGGCCCAUAGGACGCACCUAGAUUUUGGGGGGGGGGGGAAAUAAAGGAAAAAAAAAUUAUUUCCCCCCACCCACCCAGGCGCGGGGCUGGGGCGGGGGAAGCCGGAGCUUCCCCCGACCCCAGCCCCCAGAACAGGAGCCAGAGCGAUGCCGAAGCUGCGCGCAGCUUCGGCAUCGCUCUGGGAGCUUGCGCAACCUUCGGGAGCCCGGCGCGGGGGGUUGCGUGGAGCUGCGCCGAGCCCGGGAGCGCAGGCAGCUCUGCGCAACCUUCGGGAGCCCGGCGCAGCUUCGCGCCGGGCUCCCUAGGGCUGCGCAGAGCUUUCUGAAGCCUGGAGAGGGAGAGGGGUCGGUGCGCACUGACCCCUAUCGCUCACCAGGCUUCAGCAAAAGCCUGUAUUCGCCCCAUAGGACGCACACACAUUUCCCCUUCAUUUUUGGAGGGGAAAAGGUGCGUCCUAUAGGGCGAAAAAUAUGCUAAUUUGUAUUUUGGUUACAUGAACAACAACAUCAUUUGUGCAUUAUUUGCAUUAAUGUGUUGUAGGCUCGGCUUAAACUUAUUAUGGACCAUGUUGCAUGAGCUUAUUCUGACAUUAAUAACAAAUACAAGAAAUUCUGGAUCUACCACUUAAAAUGGGUGUGGGAAGCAUGAGACGUGGCCAACUAAUGAAUAUGCAUUCUUAAGCUUCUUCAUUUUCAUAGCUUUGCUCAGUUCAGUGUGUUGUUGUGGUUAGAACAUUGGACUGAAUUCAGGCAGGCAGAGAUCAAUCCAGCCUCACCCCAGAGGUCCUUAGGUGAAUUUGACUUGGUCUCUCCUUAAUCUACCUCGCAGGUUUGUAGUGAGGAUAGGAAUGGCCCUAUAUCCUCUGUCCUGAUUCAAAGAGCCAGAAAAGCCAUUUUCUCCUCAGGGAAGGGGGAGAGCCUGCAGGAAAACACCUUGGGUGGGUGGGUGGGGGGAUACAUGUUGUGGUGAGACACAGUUUGUCCAAACUUGGUCUCAAAAAUUACAGGAUAUAAAUACAUUGUCUUCAAAGUGAGUCCCUUGAUGUGGUAGGAAGAAGACAGGCACAAGGCUUAUUUAACUUGCCAGUUCUAUUGAAUUGCUGCAGUCCUGUGUUGCACAAUGUGUGCGUGAACAUUUCUGACUCCAGAAGAAGGCAAUUUGUCAGCUCAGGCAAGCAGAAAUAAGAUAGAGCUUGGUUUAUAUGGAGCAGAAAAUGUAUUUAAUUGCUUAUUGUGACAAAAAUAGUGCCCGUUUCAAUAGAAGAACCACAGUAUGAGAAAAUUGAUGUUUUAGGUUGCCUUUGCAAUGUAUGUGCCCUAGUUUGAGCCUUUUAUUAACCUAGUAAUUGUUGCUUAUGAAGCUUUAAAAAAGGCAGCUAAGUAGUUUGUUCAUCUCUCUGGGCAAAUGCUGAUUUGGUUGUUUCAUGUGUCUUUUAUUGUGCCCUUUGUAUAUGGAAAUCACAGAGCUUUGUUUAUUAGCUGGGACAUCCGCAGAACUCUGACAAAUAUGUUAAUUCAGAAAGUAUUGCUGCUGAAUGCAUACAAGCUGUAUGUCUACAUGCCAUUUACAAAUGUCCUCUUUGUGCAUAUGCUCUGUCCUUUUCUUUCUCUUCUGUCUCCCUUUACCUCUUUGGCCCUUAACGUGGGCUCUCAAGCCAAUCUAGGAUCAGAAUAUUAUCCUUCACAAAGGCUGGACAAAUACAUAUCCUUAUAUCCUUCCUUAGAAAUCUGCUGCUAUUCUGGCUGCUCAUUUUUAAAAUUGGCACUGGAAAACACAGCUGCUUCUCCCUUUCCUUCAGCUCUGGCCACACAUUAUCGUAAUGCAUGCGUGAUAAUGAAUUUUUGAAGGUGCCUAGUGCAGAGAGAAAAGAGGUAUUGGAAAUUAGGACCUUGCUCUACUUGGCGGAGACCUCUAUUGGGGUGAUUGUGAGUUUGAGGGAGAUGUGACAGAGUGGAGGGAUGGGGUCAUUGGUUCUAGCAGGGUUACAAAUAGACCAUGUCUGGACUCCCCAAUCCUGGGUUUUCUUUGCAUAUGAAGCUGCUCAUCUGCUAGACCUUCUGAUUUAAUUGUGGAUGAGGGAACUGACCUGGCAUGUAUCUCCAUGAGCUGGGUGAGCUAAUUGGGUGGAGUGGAUCUGAGGACUGACUUAGAAGGCCUGAGACACUGACAGGUUGGGGAUUCUGCUGUUUUUUGCAUCGGACUUGGUAAUUCUUGCGGUACUUGUAAAAAACAAAGUAGAUCUCACAGGCCUGAACUCUACCCACUUCUAAUCUAAAUUAUGUUUCCUUAUUAAUCUAAAUCUUGUAAAAGUCGAUCCCCCUGCUCCAAGCAGCAGUAGCAACUUCUGAAUAUCUGUGGGAGCUGUUAUCCAUAAAGUUCACCCGUGGAAUGUUCUUCUGAAUACUAAUACAUAACCCCACAAAUAUCCCACAUUAUCUAAACAAAGUGUUCUUCUAGAGAAAUGAUUUCUAAAAUUGAAAGGGCAUUCUUCAGUGGCUUUUGGCUUGGGUCACCAGUCUCAAAGUUCUGACUCUGUGUUUUGUUUGUCUUUCAGGCUGCCAGCACACCCCUUAACCCUUUGAGCUUUCAGUGCGGGUUUGUCAAACUCCGGAUUGACCUCCUUCAGGCUUUCUCUCAGCUCAUCUGCACUUGUAAUAGCCUGAAGACUAGUCCUCCACCUGCCAUUGCCACAACCAUUGUCAUGACCUCAGGCAGUGACCUUCAGCGGUGUGGACGCAUUUCCAACCAGGCAUGUGCUCCAGUUUGUCCCUGUUAUGAACGUGCAAUUAUAUUUUUACUUGGCUUGGUGUGCUGAGAUGAAAACAAUGAACAGUGAACACUGACCAAAAAAGUGACCAGUAGCUGCAAUUCAGCCGAUCAUUAAAGGAUGAGGCUCCUUUUGCAAUGGGCAGAAGCCACAGUGUUCUCCUAUAAACAUGUUGAAAAGGUACAGACCUUCUGCAGAAAGAAUAUUGUUUAGUGCCUGUGCCCAGGAGCUAUGAACUCCCAUCAUCCCUGACCACAGGUCACACUGGCAGGGAAUUAUGGGAGCUGGAUCCAACAACAUUUAGAGGCCUACAUGUUCCCCAUCUCUGAUUUAGCAUAGUAAGAUCUGUUUCAUGAUGCCCUGCUAAAGGUUCCACCUUAUAUGGAGGCCAGAAACAUAGCUUUGUCUGUGAAAGGUGCUCCCAGUGGAAGUACUUAGUCUCCCCUCCUUGCUUGCCUUCUGGGGCAUGUUAGCACUUCAACUUCACAGAAUUCAUAUGGCCGUUGAUUUGUUAAGAUGUUCCUGCCCUGAUUUAGUCUUGCUUGCACCAGAGUUAAUCCCUUACAGUGAAUGCUCCAAUCUUGUCCCCUUUGCUCCUCCCUCCUAGUGCACAGAAGAAACUAAACAAAAUCUCUGGCUUAGAAGAAUGCCAGAACUGGAGGUGGCGGUUUGUUUCAGUUUAACAAACCAUGAUAAGUAAGCCAAAAACAAACUUCAGUGUGCAUAAGAUUAGAUAUACAUUGACCCAGUUCAGUCGUCACAUCAAGCCAUAGUUAGGGGUAUUCACAAUGACUCAUUAUGUGGGCUAUUUUGACCCAUUCCCCAACAUACAAACACUCCCCUCAUAAGAGAGGGGAAAAAUAUACCAACUGUGGAGCUUAUUUUCCCUCUAUCAGCCCCCUUGACCUUCUGCCUGGGCUGGUAUGAGACUGGAAAGGUUUUGGAUUCUCCCUACCCCACUGAAUUGCUUUGUCCCAUAAAUGAGUACCCUGCAUUUUGGCACACAUGGAUCCUCCAAAAUUGCCACAAAAUGCACUUUGAAAAUUCAUAAAGCAAACUAGAGCAAAUUAAUAAUAAUAAAAAAUGUAGUAUCGGAGAUUUCAACCUUCAGAUUCCAAAAGUCUGGCAGAGUGCCGUGGUUUUCAUUUGCCUCUUAAAAGCAAGAAUUGAUUUAGCCAGGCAGGUCUUGCAGAAGAGAAUAUUUCACAAUUGAAAAGGCCCUGCUCCUAAUAGAGCCUAACCUAAUUUAGAUGGGCAGGGUGGGGGAAAGGCAGGAAUUGGAUUGUGAGGCAGGAUCAGGGAGAAAUCUGAAGAGCAAAUUGGCAGGGAGGAGGGAACUGGACGGUGCAAGAAGUGAGGCAAAGGCAACUUUCAACAGGGCAAAGAGAGAACUGAUACGUUUGAGGUGCAAGUUGUAAUUGGAUUCUGAGCAGCUUUCCAAUAAUCACCUGCUGGUUCUAUAUGUUAGGGGCUGCUAAUGGGAGCCAAAGAAAGCAGGGAAGCUCAGUUGGCUUCAGGCGAACCUGCAUCCCAAGACACAGGAUGGAGAGAAGGUACAGUCUUGCCAAUUGAGCCAGUGAUAUGAGGGCCCAGUGCAGGGGUUCUGUGGUGUAUUUGUUUGACCUUUUCAAUUUAUGACCUAAUGGAAACAAAUGAGAAAACUGAGCACAGCACAAGGAUAUACAAAGAAAUAAAAAUAUUAGUUCAGUUCAGUGCAAUCAAUCAUGAGUAGUGCUUUGUUUUUGUCCCCACCCCUUUUGCUGCUGCAGAUGAAACUCUCCAUGGAAGAAUUCAGGAACCUAGCUGCAAGAUACGGAGAUCUCUAUCAAUCAUCCUUUGAUGCAGACUCAGCAACUUUGAGGAAUGUGGAGCUGUAUCCUACUUUUCAAAGCACAGGGCUUGGUUAUUUUUCUCUUAAGGACAUGCCUUGUAAAAAUGACUCUUAAAAAUUUAUUACUGGAGCUUAGGACAUGGGGAGAACAUAACUUUCUUACAAAUUCAGCAUGCCAGUUUCCUUUUAAUGCCAACACCAAACACCAAAGUUUGUUUGCUAGAAUUUAGCACUUGAUAUCAUUGUGUCAGACCAUUACCCAGCUAUCAAACAUCAUACCUAGAAGGCUGUUCUUCAGUGCCUUUUUGGCACAGGUUCAGUGGGAGAAAGCUCUGUAGCUUUGAUGCCACCAUGGGCAAGGAUCUCUUCCUCAUGGUCACCCAUCUUGCUGACCUGAGGGUUGGGCACAGAAGGUGAGCUUCCGAAACAGGGUGAUGUUGGCGGAUUAGUAUGGGUGCAGGCAAACCAGUAAAUAGCUUGGGUCCAAACAUUUCAAAUCUCCUGUUCAUGAUCAAAACGGGGUGGGGAAUGCAUGAACCUGACGCCUCUCUAGGCACAAUUGCAUUGGGCUAAACUCUGGUUCAGCAUUGUAUCCAAGAAGAGUUUGGAUUUGAUAUCCCGCUUUAUCACUACCCGAAAGAGUCUCAAAGCGGCUAGCAUUCUCUUUUCCCUUCCUCCCCCACAACAAACACUCUGUGAGGUGAGUGAGGCUGAGAGACUUCAAGGAAGUGUGACUAGCCCAAGGUCACCCAGUAGCUGCAUGUGGAGGAGCGGAGAAACGAACCCAGUCCACCAGAUUACGAGACUACCACUCUUAACCACUACACCACACUGGCUCUCCAAUGUGAAGUGGUCUGUGGAAUCAAGUUGCUUAAAUUCAUGUUGUAUUAUGAUCUCCCCAGAUAUGAAGGCCAUGCUGAUUCUAGUAACUUACGGCCAUUAUUUUAAUGAACCAUGUAAUAUUAAUUUGAUUUUGCCAAUUUCAUUUGUUCACCUUUAACGUUACGUCAGACAGCAGCAAGGUUGCUUAUUGAUAUCGCAUGCAAUCGAAGCCCUGAUUUUAGAUCCUGAAUCUGCAAGGUAAAUAUGAUGCAGACUUAAUUUUCUUCAGCCUCUUGUCACCCAGUCUUGCCAUUAUUUUCUAAUUUAAGUAGCCAUUAAUCAAGGCGAAAAUGUCUAGCAGUAGUUUAGCCAGGAAUCCUGUGAAAUAAAGUUGCACAAAGUUAAACAUUUUGAGUAUAUGGAAGAGUCCAUUCAAAUUUACCUUUAGUUUGUUUGUUCAUCUGAAAGAAAUUUCAGCUGCAUUUCACUAAAAUGCAGUGUUUCAUGGGAAGCAAUUCAUUAACUAAAUAAAUAAUGUAGUGCAUGCUUAUUGUCAUUCAGAAAGUAUUUUUUUAAAAAAACCAUAUUAGUUCUUUCGCAACUUUGCCUUUUUCCUUGGCUCCAAAAUUAAAGCUAAACAUAUACUUUUUAAAAUUUUCUGUAGACUUUUAAAAAUUUGACAGUGACUUCAUACUUCAGUUUUUUGAUUUAAACAAAAUUUUAAUAGAAGUAUUAAAAUAAAAUAAACUGUCGGCACUGUACCGUGCUGAUAACGAGGUGCAUGAACAAGCACAUGAACAUGUCAUGUGGAAAAGCAGUAAUGUAAAAUUCAGCAGAUUAUUGUUUAUACUGAUAGGCAUCAGGACAGCAAAAAUUAGAAAUCUUUUGAAGAGAGUCCUGAUUUCCUUAAAGUGGGUUGAUGAUUGGGCUAAAUCAGGGAUGGGGGAACCUGUAGCCCUCUAGCUAUUGUUGGACUACCAUUCCUAUCAACACCGACCAUUCGCCAUCCCGCCGGCGGCUGAUAGGAGUUUGAAGUCAACAGCUAAAUGAAGCUGGCUGGGAGUGGCAGAAAAUAUUUAGAAAAAAUAGAUUCAAGUAAUUUGGUUAUAAUAUUUUAGCUAGGCAAUCCUUACUUUAAAAAUUCUCAGGGCUGUAUCCAACUAACAUGUCCCAUUAGUGUAAAGAUUUCAGCUUGCACAACAGGACUUCCUCUUCUCCCUCCACCCUCUCCCAGUCUCCUCUGGGUGGAUGGAGAAACCCACAGAACAUAGGUGCAGGGGAAGGAGGCAGGAAGUCCUGUUGCACAAGUGGAAAUUAUUGCGUCGUUUGGAGACGUAUUACUGCCACUUUGGAUACAACCCUUAGUGAUUUUUUUCUCUAGGGAUGAAAACAUUGCACCUUGGUGAAACUGAGAUUCUCUAGUUUAGUGCCUUUCAGUCUUCCUUCUAGGAAGGAUUUUCACAUUGACAUCUCCUGUGGAAACCUUGCAUGUCUGCCAUGGAACCCCUAAUGUUACAGAGGAUGUUUUACAGUAUUAUAACAAUAGUAAUAAUACUUAUUUAUUUGCCACCUUUUCCCCAAGGCAGCUUACAGGUAAAACAGAGAAAGCAAAAAAGCAUAGAAAAGAGAGUCAUUAAAAUUACACAUUCAGUUUCCUGGCUUGGGCCUCCUCAUUGACCCCUGUGAACCUAAAGCACAGACAAGAGCAUGCAUCAGUUCAUUGCAGUGGAAGAUCACUAGUGUUGCACAAGCCAUCUUUUAGGAGAGCUUGUCUGCCAUUUCUGUUCUCACUGAGAAGCCUCCAUUAAGCUUUAAGAGAACCCUGGCAUUCUCAGAAAUAGUUCAGGAUGAGAUGUCACAAGCUCUUGUUGAAGUUAAAAAUAAAAUAAAUGACAAAAACUUCUUGUAUUGCUUGUAUACCUGGUGUUAAAUAAAGUUUAUUUGAUGUAAGCACUAAUAAUUUCAAUGGAACUAAAUUCCAAAUAAGUUUGCUUAAAAAGCCAGGGCUCCCCCACCCACAAUACCAUUGGGCUCUCUUGAAUAGUCCCCGUUUUCCUCCUUAGCUUUUGAAAUCCCCUAAAUUAACCAGAUAAUUAAUCUCUGGUGUAAUGCCAUUGACUUUGAUGAAGUUUCUCGAGGGACAAAGAUAGCCAUGUAAGCCUUCUUGGUGCUAGUAAAAGGUCUCCCAUUGGGCUGAGUCUGAUUUCUGUUGAUAGAACGUAAGUUGAUCAGAUCCCGUGAGACUGGAAAUCGGAAAGAAUUGCUCAGAAGUAGAAAUGGCUCAUUUAAACAUGGGAAUUACAGGCCUGAACUGAUGCCUAGUAGAUCUUAAUCCACAUAGACAGUACACACUUUUUAAAACAAUGGCCCGAUUCAGAGGUAAGGCUAAAACUGUUGUGCACAGCUUUUGGCUCCUGCAUUUUUCACUUUCCUCUUCACUGCUGCUGAACAGAAAUGACUGGAAGCUGUCACUUCUGUUUUCUAUUAGCUGCAGUUUAUCAUUACAUCCAAACCUGAAACAUUACCCAAGCAAAAGGGUUUUCAAGCCCUGCACUGCACUUUGACAUCCUGACGAUCGGGGCUUCCGAGCACAGCAUCACCUGGCGAUAGUGAUGCCAGGCGAUUGGCGGGCAGCAUAUUCACCCACAUGUCAGAUUUGGUCCAGAGGAGAAGGAAAAGAAGGAUCCAGCCCACUGACCAGAAAAGGUUCCCUGCCUCUGAUGCAGAAGGUUAUGAGUUGAUUGGCAGAACAUCUAGACCAUGCUUGCCAGACACAACAACCACAUCAUCAUUUUGGUGAACCAGUGCAGAGAAUGCAUUGCGUGGAGGUGGCUUCCAUGUGUCAGUGCAGGCUGCUUCAGCAAAAUCGAGCCGUCUGCCUUUUCAGUUCAGGGGACUCUUCCUGUGUAUUCAAUUCGGCGCUGAAUGCACAAGCAACUGUUUUGCAGGAGUGUCACAAAUUUAUUCCAAGAUUUUUUAUUUUAUUUUUUAAUUGAGUAAGGAAGAAACGUUUAAGUGAAUUGGAGAUGUUCAGAUUAAGUGUGAAAUGCCUAUAAAGAUGGGGAGGGUUAUCCAUGGAGUACAGCAUUUACAAAGACAAAGGAACCUGUCAGAGAGGCUGUGCUAUUUCCAGGAAAUUAUUUGUUUUCCCAUGUAUGGUUAAGUAUAUAUAAACAAGAUGAUGAUUUUAUAGAAUCUUUAUCUCACCUUCUUAUCCAGCCUAGAGUCCCAAAGCCUUGUGUAAAAAAUACCCAAGACACUUUGGAAAGGUUAGGAAAAGGCACACAUUGGGCAUCACCGGAAUGAAUUUAUUUUCUAGUUUACAGGAAUAUUGCUCUGCUGGAGUGGCACAUGCCACAAGUGAAUAUGAAAGGAGAAUGAUGUCUGUGUUCAGUCAUGUGCUGGAAGAAGUGGAAUCACUGAACAGAAAAUAUGCACCCGUGUCUUACAUGGCAAGUAAUAACCACUUUGUCAUAGAGACUUUUAAAAUAGUAGUUCUUUACAUUCCUUUGAAACAAGAUGUCAAAAGAUAGAUGACUCUAGGUUUUGUAUUGGUCACAAAUAGCAUAUAACCAGAGAGAUGGAAUAAAAUCGGUUUCUACCAUAGAGCAACACUGGAGAUGCAUUUUAUGCUUUAGAGGGUAUAAUUUUUAAUGACUAACAGUGCCAGAUUUGUAUUUCUGAGGAGAUGUGUAUAGGAUUGUACUGUUCAGUGGUCAAGGUGGAAGUGACAAGUCAAGACUCGGCUUCAAUCUGUAAUUUAUUAACUAAAGCUAUAGGAAUGGUGGAAGCAGCAUUUAUAUUUAGGUAUAAUGAAUUAACAAAUACAAACAUAAGUAUAAUCCAAAGAUUAUCAUGCAUAUUAAAAAGCUUAAGGAAUGUGUAGAAAAGUAAAAAUUGUUUGAAAUAAGUCUUCACUCAUUCUCAAAAUUUUUGACCAGCUAUAGCAAAAUUUGUCAUGCUUUUUAAUGAGUAGUAUGGUUCUUUAUCCACGGAUGUUUAGAUUUUGGCCCUUUCCCCUCUCCUAAACUUGAGAAUGGAAAGCUUCAACUUGAAAAGCAUUAUAUACAUCUUCGGUAUACAUCAGUAGCAACAGACAGAAAUAUUUGAAAUAAAGGGAUGACGCUUGUAGUGACAUGCGGAGCUAUAUCAUUGUUCUUUGGACUACUUAUAAUUUUACUCAGUUUUCUAGGAGCUGUGUUAUUUAAUACCUUUCUGAUUCUGACGCUGUGAUGGCUGUCAUGCAGAAAGUUCAUGUGUGGAACAUCCUAGAGGCCACCUGCCAUUGCUCCACCUUGGCUUCAUUCAUUGAAGCUGAUUGUGUUUCAGUACAACAUUUCAGUGGUGUAGAGUUUCUCUUAUCGGGUCAGGUCAUCCGAGAACACAAGCGCUAGCUGAUGUAACUCCAAACACAAGGUGGAGAACAGUUCUAAAUGAGCUUAAUCUAUCAACUAGAACCAGGGUUUCAGAUACUGACUUUAGGAUAUCUCUGAUCUCUUGAGAGCAAGCAAUCUGCUGUCCUUUCAUGCGUGUUGAGCAUUAUAUUAUAUAUGGACAUGCAUUUUUAUAUGAAUAAAAAUGUACGCAGAGUCCCGUAUAAAAACUAAAGCAGCAGCAGGGGGCCGCUAUUGCCCUAAUUUCUUGCUUGUGGGUUUCCCAGAAUCAUCUCAUUGGCCACUGUGAAAAGCAAGAUAUUGAACUAGAUAGAGCUUUGGCCUGAUCCAGCAGGACUCUUCAUAUGUUAAUUUCUCGCUGGCCAUAUUUUUGCUCUCAUUUUAUUGCAGAAAGCACUGUGGGACCAGAAUAGAGAACAAGCUGUUUUUCGUAAGACUUCAGAAUUUCCCCAUAUUUAAUCUUCAGAUCCAUUCAUGGCUUUCCUUUCUUUGUUGUAGGGACUCCCCACUGCUACUUAGUUUCUCUCAAGCCAGUACUGCCUUGCCCUGCCUUGUUCUAUUUGGCUGCAUUCUUCCUCCUGGUGGCCUCUGGUCUCCAGGAAGCCCCUGCCUUCAGAUCCAAUGUGCCAGGCUGCAUUGGCCGCCAUUUUUUGUUUCCAGAUAUUCUUGAUCAAAUGAUGCACUUAGGAAUAGGGGAUGUCAGGGAAAACAACAACUUUUCCCCCAAAUUCCUUUAGACCUGCUACUGAGCUAUUUUUGGAGCUAUUCAAUGCCUCUCUUGUCCUGAUACAGAAAGGAAACUGGAUUUGGACGUGGGACUCGGCGGGCACCGAGAGCGCUCUCUCCCCUUGUACAGGAGCCCGGUAACGGGCUCCGGAGUGGGAGGUGCGUGGUGCUGUGAGUCGACCGCUUCCUCCGUGCAGCAAAGCCGCACUGCCGUGUUCGGAGAGCGCUGCCUUUUUCCUGGACAAUUUGGCAUCUAAAACAUCUAUCCGUGAGUACCUGAUCCUGGAAGAGCUGAACUACUUUUAAGAUUGGUGAAUAAAUAAAUAACAUUGGACUUGAACUUGAAAUUGAAUUUAAUUGGGACUCGGAACGGAAAGGUCUAAACAGGAAGUCGCCUUCCGUUCUUUUGUUACGUGAAGAAAGCAAAGACAAAUUAUACUAAAGCUUGAAAACUAAAUUCUGAGAGAACUAAAACUCAACAUCUAAGAUUUCUAGAACCCCCUUUUGAUUGCAGGAGAAGAAGGGGGUUGUUUUGAUCUUUUCAACCCUGCGGAAGUGAGUUUAAAAUAAAGUAAUUUUCCACCGCCCUUUUCCACCAUCUCUAUAGGCUAUUCCAGCUUGGUGCCCAUCACCACCUACAACUCUCUUUGUAGACUACAACUCUCAUCAGGUCAUAGAAGCUGUAGUCUAAAACACCUGGAGCCCCCCAGGCUGGUGAGGGCUGCACUCGUCCAUAUUCUUGAUGAUGCAUUGUCUUGGCUUCCUAAUAAGGGCUAGUGACUGCAACGCUAAUGCACAAAGUACAUUCUGUUUCCGAUCCCUGCUGUAAAAAGGAUUAGUUCUGAUCUGGCUUGGCAUUGUUUUGUUCCAGCACACGGCUUGUCUAUGCAAUGCAGUCAUUGCCUUGCUGAAAGUUCCCUUGUCAUUCCAGAGGUAUUUUUUCCAGAAGCUGCAGUCGACUAGCAUUAAGGUAAGCUUACGGUAUCACCGAAUUUUAACUGCAGUUAAUGCAGAGAAAUGUCUACAAUCCCUUCGCUGUCAGGAAGAGGAAGGGGAAGGAGGAUUGCUGCUGAUCCAGAUCCCUAUGUCUGCUUUGAUUCUUUAAUUAUUGCUAUUUUUCAAUGGGAGAUUCUGUUCAGAUCGCUCACUGCAUUCUGUUUGGCCCUGGCUCUUCUAUAAACAGGAGAGAGAAGGGGAGCCUUUAGUGAUUGUAUGGCACCCAGUACAGCAGUUAUUUUUUCCAAAGCUUUUAUUUGUUUGUUUAUUUAAACAAUGCCUACAAGCAACUCCUCAUUUACACACAAUCUAUUUGCAUGAGUGUCCUUUUGGCUCACAAGAAGACCCUCCCCAGAGCCUGAAGAGGACAGAGGCACAGCGGGGCAUUGUUGAGGCUUCCCGCCUAACAGCUUCCCCAUGCAUCAGCUGAGCAGCCUCAACAAAGCCCCUCUGCCCGUCCGGCUCGCGGAGGUCCAUAACAUAACCCUGUGUAAAUGGAGAGUCGCAAAGGGCCUUCUCGGUAGUGGUACCCGCCCUGUGGAACACCCUCCCAUCAGAUGUCAAGGAGAUAAAUAACUAUCUGACCUUUAGAAGACAUCUAAAGGCAGCCUUGUUUAGGGAAGUUUUUAAUGUUUGAUCUUUUAUUGUAUUUUUAAUAUUCUGUUGGGAGCUGCCCAGAGUGGCUGGGGAAACCCAACCAGGUGGGCAGGGUAUAAAUAAAUUGUUGUUAUUGUUGCAGGGUAUAAAUACAUUGUUGUUGUUGAUGAUGUUAUAUCACUUAACUACAACCUUGUCUAAGCAGUGUACAAUAAAUUGGUAAAGGUAAAUAGAAAAUGGAAACAGGAAAGGUAAAAAUUGAUUAAAACUGUACAGUCAGACUUAAAUACUUGCUGGGAUAAAAAAAAAGCCUUCAGUAGGCACCAGAAGUUCAUCAGGAAGGGGGCCUGCGUCACCUCAACUGGAAGGCAGUUCCACAAAAUUGUGUCCAACAUCCCACACACAUGGUUUCUGGUGGAUUUGAGCUGUACAUCAGAACCAUGGAGAGCCACUAAGAAUGACUGGGCUAGGGAUAUAAGGGAUUAGGCAGCCCUUGAGCUGUCCUGGACCUAUGUUGUUAAGGGCCAUGUCAAUUAAGACAAUACUCUAGAACCUGGCUCUUUAGUAUAUGGGCAGCCAGUGCAAGCUUUUGAGCACCAGGGUUACAGGCCAGCGAUUGUCCCCAUCGACAAUCUAGCUGCAGCAUUUUGCACCAGCCGGAGUCUCCAGACAAGGGCCAAAUAUGGUCUGGCAUGGAACGUGUUGCAGUCAUCAGACCUUGAGGUCACCAUGGCCAGACUAUCCUUGUUCAAUAAUGUUAUAGUUGAUGUAUCCGCUGCAUCUGGUAAAAGGUAAAAGACAAAGAUGGCUUCAGCAGCGCCCCCAUUCUCUGAACCUGUUCUUUCAGAGGGAGCGCAGCCCCAUACAUGGAACAUCUGCAUUUAUCUUCCCCUUUUUAUUUUACACCCCCACUGUCUCAUUUAUCUGAAGGAAAUAUCUUCGUCGCAUCUUUCAAAGUCUUGUGGCCUGUUAUUUCCCUGCUUCGUUUUAAUGGUUCAUUUUAUUGAUCAUUCAUUUGGUGUAAUAUGGCUUCUGAUGCUGUUACGCCAUUAAGCUCACAUCCUGUUUAUAAAGUGAUCAAGCUCCUGAUGGAAUAUACAAAUAUUCAGUAUGGCUGAAGCAUAUGUUUAAUCAAUAUUGACCACCCAGACACAGUGCUGUUCAAAUUUAGCCUCUUGAUUAUCCAAAGCGGUGUACAUGUCUUAAAAGAGGUCAACACACACGCUCCCCACAACAAACAAAUUUGCCACAAAGUUUUAUAUAUAUAUAUAUAUACACACACACACACACACACACACACACACACAGAGAGAGAGAGAGAGAGAGAGAGAGAUAUCCAGGAUUGUUCCCCAAAGAGCACAUACUUUGCCAAAAAGGAAGGUCUUUGCUAGCUUUCUGAAACUCACCAAGAAGCCUGCCAGAAGUACCUCGCUAGAAGGGAUCUCUGCAGCACAGGUACAUCUGCAAAGGUUUCUCUUUACAGCAGACCCAUGGAACUUCCUUCAGGACUCCUUCGGCUAAUCAGUUGCCUGUGUCAAUAGCAGUCGACUUAAUGUCUAUUUGGAGUCUUAGAGUAUGUGUACUUAAGAUUGUCAGAGUCAAAAGCUAAGGGCUCUUAACAAGCAAAAAAGCUUACUUGAAAGAUUAUCAAAUGUUGCAGAAUCCAUGCCCCAGAGCAUAAGUCAUCUCUCUGGUUGGGGUAACAGGCCUGUUUAGAAUAUAAAAACACAAAAAUACAUAACAUAGCAACAAACAAAAACAAUACCCUUCUCACAGUUCAAAAGACCAUAGAUUGUUUAAUUAGCCAAAGGCUGAUUUCCUGCUUGGUUUCAAACACAGUUUUUAGGCUGUCAUCCAGCCUUCCAGCUGCUGCCCAAAGUGCAGAGAAAGCUUUACUGCUUGAUUGUACUGAAAUAUUAAAGCUGCCCUAAUAUGGGAGUAUUAAGGACAGCAUCUUCAUUGUGUAAAAUAACGUUCUAACAGAAAAGUUAGCUGCAAUUUAGUUUAGAGAAAAUGCAUUUCAAGUGUGGAGUGCUUGAAGAUGUGUAUUUUUUUCUGACAGUGCACUACUCAUGCAAUGAAUGCACUGAUCAUAAAUUGUGUUGAUUAUAUCUUGAGCAUUGCAAUAUCCCUCGCCAUCUUCCAUGUACUUCUUGUUUCAGUUGCUUUUUUUAUUUUAUCUGUACUUCAGCUUGCCCUGUCACCAUCCCCACGCAACCCUGCUGAGCCCAUUGUCGUUCAGAAUAACCAGCAAAUGGCAUUGAAGGUAGAAGGAGUGGUUCAGCACGGCUCCAAACCAGGCCUUUUCCGCAAGAUUCAGUCAAUCUGUCUAAAUGUAUCUUCAACACUGCAGACCAAAUCUGGGCAAGAGUACAAGGUAUGGAGUUGUAUACUGUCAACAUUUUACCGUGUCUGAAACCUAUGAAGAAUUUAAAUGGAAAUAUCAUUUUCUGCUGUUGGGUGGCGAGGAUUUUAAUCUCAGCGGGGGAGGGGUGUGUGGGUGUGUAGGCAUUUCUGGCAGGUUCCUUGAAGAUAAAACCUGUAAGUAAGAUCUUGUGGUGGUGUUGUGUUCAUAUCCCCAUGGGAAAAAGCCUGCGCCUUGUGUAUUUGCAUCUCGGUGGAAAGGGGAAGGUGGAACAGAUAAUCCUUUUCCACACUUGCUGUCUUGGCAGUAGCACUGAAAAGUCCUAACAUUACAAUCGACUAAGAACACACAGCUGUCUGGCAGCAGGAAGCAAAUCUGCUCAAGUAAGAGAAUGCUGAUCACUUGGGAUGGCUAAUCACUUAGAGGUUCCCAAGCCCUGCUAUGAACAGCUGAGCAGUUUGCAAUAGCUUUAGCAGAGAGCGCUAAAUGGCUUCUUACGUUUUGCUUAGACAUGCUGAACAAAAGCAAAGGACAACAGUUCUGAUACUGUCUUUUGUGAGCCAAACCUUUGCUUAUAUGACAGAAUUGAAACAUUGAACACCCCCUUAGAGAAGCUGUGGAAAAUGCCAUUCCUACUCCUGUUUUCUUUCCCAGAUGCCCAUUGACAGCCUGACAAAUGAGAUGGAGCAGAUGGUUGAGCCUCACAACGAUUACUUCAGCACACAGUUCCUCUUGAACUUUAUUAUUGUUGGCACCCACAGCAUCACAGUGGAGUCUUCUGUUAGAGAUCUCAAUGGUAUCAUAUGGAAGACGGGGCCCAAAACCACUCUGUUGAUUAAGUCUCUUGAAGAUCCUUACUCCCAGCAAAUUCGACUUCAGCAACAGCAAGGACAGCAGCCACCACAACAGCCGCAGCCACAGCAACGAACUGCCUAUUCCCGUUUUUAGCACUGUUCUUAUCAUUCAUCAGCCCAAGUGAAAGGCAUUCCAUUUUAUGUGGACGUUGUCAUUUCCCCCAUCUGUUUCCCAUGAUGCUGUCCUUCCUUCCUUCCUUCCUUCCUUCCUUCCUUCCUUCCUUCCUUCCUUGGCAACUGCAAUGAUCACACCUAUAAAAUGCAGCUCGGUCACUGAAACCCAAUCCUCUUGAGGCACUCCAUAUAACAAGCUGGUUGAAUGAAGUGGCUCUGCUCAUAGUUCCAGCUGUUUCCACCAUGCCACUGAAAUUGCUCUAGCAGUGGAGUGCAGAAAUUUGCUAAAGCAGAACAAAGCCUUGGUUAUGUACUUUAAAGCCUUUUUUCAGGUUCUUAUGGCCCUGUUCAUGUGAUGUGGGUCACUAAGGGCCUGAGGGGGCUAAAUCCAUGUUUUUAUGGCUUCAUCACAUACCCAGCUCUUCUCGCCAUCAUUCAGCACAGAUUUUAGGAUGGUGUGAUGAACUGAAAUCUGGCCCCAUUACAUGAUCCAUCCAUUCACUGUUUUAUUGUGCUUUCCGUGUGCCUUGUAACCUGCAUUCCACCACACACAAUAGAUAAGCCACUUUAAAGCCUCAGAUAAGAAUGGGCCAAGUUGGUUUCCCUUUGCAUCGUUGUUGAUGGCUUCCAAUUGGAAGAUAGUGAGCAGUGAAAGGUCUGCAAGAAUUUCCUGGGUUGCAUCCCAACAUAUUGGCUGUUUGAGUAAUCCAGUUGCCACUUCCUGAGGAGCAUGACUUUCGAUUCUACAUUUAGUCUUUCAAAUUGCAUUGGGUUUUUAUGUAUGCAAAACUGUGUUCCUCUGUGUUAUUCAGUACAUCUACAAAUGCAAAAAGUUUCAACAAACGUCCAGACAUUCUGGGUGGUUAAAUGUAAAUAAUCAUUUUGAAUGCUGCUAAGUUAGAACGAGGUUUGGAUAUCAUUCCAAAUAUCGGGGUGGUGUUCUUUAAUGCCUCUGAAUCUUGCAGCUGCUCAUAUUUGUUGCUUCUAUAUAUAAUAAUGCUUGAGCUAUGCCAUUGUGGGGAAAGGGAGAUUGUCUUGCUUUAUAGGAAAAGGCAUUUCAGAUUGGUUGGGAUCCUUGCCCCGCCCCCCAACACAAAGUCCCCCAGAAAGAAAUAUAUUCAUCUUUGAAAGGUUAGAAAUUUGAAAGAUCAGAAAGGGUUGUGUUAUAACUGUUCUUCUUUUAAUAACAAUAUGAAGGAAAUGCGCAUUGAAGCUACGUGAGUACUUUUUAAUAGGGUUUUGUUUUUGUUUUUUGGAAGAGGCAACUCAUUCUAAAGCAAAAUGCAGCUUGAAGUGCAACAGAUGACCAGGCCCUGUACCCUAUAACCUAAAGAGGGUAUAUUUUGUAUGGUAUUAUGAGUUACUUCAAGAGAGCAAGGAGACAAGUAAUGAUCUUGGAGCCUGCUCCACAUGGACUCUUGCCCCUACCACCUCCAGGCCAGCUAUCCAGUGAGAAGAAUCCUGUUAUUUUUUAAAAAGCAAACAUACGUUAUAAAGUACUUUAAUUUUACCAGUAAGGCUUGGAAGCAUUUGGUAUCCUGAAAGGCAGGGUGAAAAUAAUUCUAAUACUAAUAAUUCCCUGCUUUUUUCUGUACCAGAGUUGUGAAUGGAGAGCCUUCUUCCAUUAAAUACUCUUAUGGUUGGUGGAGUGCAUGCCAUAGCUGUGCAGGAAGAAAUUGAUUUUGCAUUCUCUUACUGAACUUGCAAUGUGUCCAUUCCUCUUGCUUUCAGAUGUGAGAAGUUCACUCAGCUCUUGAUGAUACAGGUAUGCAGGUUGAGGGUUUCUUUCAUUGUAAAUACUGGGGGAUGGGUUUGGAGGUUACUUGCAACAUGCUCCUUUUUUAGAAACUACUCAGAUGUAGUUUCUUACUUCAUCUUACAUCAAGCAAAUGCCUCCUUGUUAUGUAUAGAAUAUCCUAAUAAACCAUUUGUUUCCCAUUUGAAUCUGAUCAGCAAAACCAGAACUUCUUGUGGGGAAAAAAGACAUUGGCAUUCUUUAAACUCCAAUACUUGAUUCACUGGCUGCCUUGGGUUUCAAAGUGUCUCUCCAAUUUAACAAAGAAACAUUUCACCUCUUCUGUCCCCAGCAUGUUGAUUUUGCAAAUUAUGAAUAAUCUCCAGUGUUAGAAACUCAGUUAUAUAAACUAGGUUCCAAAUGGCUCCUUAAUGCCUAGUUUCCAUUUUGGGGCCAGACGACUUGAAAGUCAUAUUUUUCAAUAUGACAUUUUUGGGUCCUGAAAUUCAGUCUGAAUGUGCAGAUAAAAGAUAAUGGAUAGAAUUCUACAGAAUGGGGUAUUAGCGUGUGAAAAGAGUGCAGAUCCAAUGAUCCCCAGGCAUGCACCUCCAGAUGGUGGACAUGUCAGCUGCCAAUCCUGGCACCCGGGCAUCUUCACUUGAUCGCAAGUGGCCGAUAGCCAGCCAAAUGCGCCUGGCAAAUUUCUAACGCUGCCUCUGACAGCAAGCAGUGGGAAAUGUGCUGCUUGACAUACGUAGGUAGAUGGAGCUUCGUGUUGAUCAGCUGGCUAGCUUCACAGUUUGUUCCCCAUUUUUAUCUUUUAGCCACCUUUGUCUAGCACUGACUUAGAUGAAGUCAAACCUAUGUAAACCCAAUCCAAAGGCUUAUCACCCAAGUUACAUAGAGGUCACUGGAGCUAGGUGUGCAUACCAUCAGCUGACCAUGGGGAAUCGCUGAAUGUUUCCACCUUGUGCUGAAAAAUCCAAUUUCUGAUUGAAUAAGCUAUUUCCCUUCAGGACUCCUCUUUCCCUAAAUUUACUUAAUUGAAAAAGGAGUUCUGUGCCUAUAGAUACUGGACUUGUUUAGAAGCCACUUACCCCACUGCUGGAAUACUGAGCAUCCCUUUGUUUCUACAUGAGACUGCUAGGGGUGAUUUGGAGUUGGAUAUCUUCAACAUGCUGAUGACACUUAGCUGUCUCUCCUUUCCACCGACUCUAGGAGGUCUUGGAAGUCUUUAAUUGGUCUGAAAUCAGUAAUGGAAUCAAUGUGGGCUAGCAAAUUUUUGGUUUAAUCCUGACAACUCUGGGAAUUGUAGCUCUGUGAGGGGUACAGGGAUUGCCUAACAACUCUUAGCACCCAUAACAAAUUACAGUCCGCAGGAAUCUUUGGGGAAACCCAUGACUGUUUAAAUUGGCAUAAUUCUGCUUUAUGGUGUAGUAUAUAGUGCCCCAUUGAAAUGGUAGGUGAAUGGUUUUGCAUAAUGUCUAACUUUGCUCAAGAAGAAAACUUGUCCGAUGUGUUAAUAGCCAUAUAUGACAAUCCAAUUCAUGCUCAUUUAUGACCAUGGAAAGCAGAAAAGGAAAGUGUGAUACCAGGAGCAAGAAGAAGGAGCUGAAACAUGGUUAGAAAAUACUCGGACGUUGGUUGGCCUUUUCGGGACAUUGGUGAAAUAAACCUGGGAAGUAGGGGGAGCAGAGAUGAAGCUAGAAUUUCUGCAUACCAGCACGGAGGUAAAUUCUACAAGUUGGAACCGUUGGAGGAAGAAAGAUAUGGAGUGGUAAGCUUUUUUUAAAAAAAUGUGUAAUCCAUUAUGACGAUUAGGCAGUUCCCACAUACAGAAUAAUACAGAUUUUCAUGUUGGUUCCUUCCUCCGGUGCAUCAGAAAUAGCCGUAGCUGGAGAUGGGAUUUCAAACAGGAUGGACUGGCUGAAAGGCAAUAGAAUUCAAAGCAGGGAAGAAAUUCAAUAUUUUUCCCUCAUUUUUGUGUAGCUGCACUUUUAAGAAAGAUACUUAAUUCGGGGUUUUAUGGGCCUUAUGUCUGAAGUUCUGAGGCUGAUGAAAACGGAGCCAUGACCAACAUCAGCAUCUGGAGUCCUUGGAGUCAUGGCCUGAGCCUCAAGCUUGAGCCAGAUAUCCUGGUCAGAGGCAGCAAUACUUCUGCAUACAGCUGCCUCCACUGAAAAGCAUAGUGAUCUGGGUCAUAGGAAAUUCCUUGCCUGAGUGUUUUAUCUGCAGUUAUGACCCACACAUUAUGAUCAGGGAUGGGGAAUCUCUUUCACCCCACAAUCUGUGUUCCUUUGUGGGUAACCUUCUAGGGACGAGACUUUAGGUAAGCACAUACGUGAUCAUGAAUUCAAGCAUUGUAUGCAAGUUAGGACUUCUUUUCCUUGACCAAAUUCUGUUGUAUUUAUUUCAUUUGUUCUCUCAGGAAUGGUCAAGUCUGGGGGAAGCUAUUGCACAUCAGCUGUGCUGGAUUUUAAGGACCUACUGGAAAUGUUUCUUUGCUUCGUAUUUCAAGCACCUUGAAGAACUGUUUGUCUUGCAUAAAAUCAGAAUUUUACAG